GGUGGUCUCAUGAAGUCACUCACUGGGACUGGUUGGUGUCGCUUCCUCUUUCUAGCCAUUUCCUCACACCAUCAGCAUUAAUAGGAAGUGUGAGAGCUGCUGCCCCCGGACUCCACUCCCACAGAAAGCUGGUGUGGCCACCAUGGGAGGCCCUGUGCUGCGGAGUCCAGGGGAGAUGGCAGGGGGGAGCUGGACAUGGGUGAGGCCCCAGACUCCAGGAGCACAGGACCUGAGCACCCCUACACUGCCCACAGCCAGGCCCUGGCCCUGAACCCCACUGAAUAUACCUGCGGAUGGCGCAGCACUGGAGGCUGCUCCCCAUCCUGCUGGCCCUGUGCCAGGGAUUCAGCAUAGCAGGGGCCCAAGGCACCGUCCCUCUGCAAACCCUGCAGUGUCACAACGACUACUCCAGCCGCAUCGUGUGCAGUUGGGCAGCCCGCCGGGACUCUCAGCGCCUCCUCAACGUGACCCUUCUGCGCAGCCUCAACAGCAACCCCCCACAGCCAGUGUCCUGUGACCUCAGCGACAACAUGCCUCAGCUGGGGGGCUCAUGUUCCGGCUGUGUUACCAGAACGUGUGUCAUUCCCUACAAGCUUUUCGUCCUCGCUGACAGAGACUACUACUCCUUCCAGCCAGACAGGCCUCUGGGAGCCCAGCUCACUGUAACUCUGGCCCAGCACGUGCAGCCCCCCACUCCCGAGGACCUGCAGGUCAGUGCUGAGGGGGCCGGAGCCCUGCUGACCUGGAGAGAGGCUCCUGGCACAGCCCAGAGCCGCUGGCUGUCAGGACAGGAGUUUGAGCUGGUCUACAGGAGGCUUCAGGACUCCUGGGAGGAUGCCCACACCAUCCACACCAACACCUCCCGGGCCACCCUGGGCCCCCAGCAGCUCCUGCCCAGCAGCACCUAUGUGGCCCGAGUGCGCAGCCACCUGGCCCCCCACUCGGGGCUCCUGGGGCGGCCCAGCCAGUGGAGCCCUGAGGUGCAGUGGAGGUCCCCACCAGGACUGUCGCCUGUAGGGGACGAGGCCCAGCCCCAGAACCUGCAGUGCCUCUUCAACGGGGUCCACAUGCUCAGCUGCUCCUGGGAAGUGAGGCCCGAGGUGGCCAGCUCCAUCUCCUUCUCCCUCUUCUACAAAUCCAGCCCCAGUGCAGGGGAGGAAGAGUGCUCCCCAGUGCUGAGGGAGGAGCUCCGAGGCCCCAACAUUCGGUUCCGAUGUCACAUCCCUGUACCAGAGCCCUGGAGCCACGGCCAGUACAGUGUCCACAUCCGGCCAAGGGAGGAAGGGAAGUUCAUUCAGAGCUCAGACAACAUCCAGCUUUUCCCCCCGACCCUGAACGUGAGCCAAGCUGGGGACGGCUACGUCCUGUCCUGGGAGGCCCAGAAGCCACGCUUUGACCACAUCGGACACACCUUCCAGGUCCAGUACAAGAAGGACUCGGCCUCCUGGCUGGAGACCAAGGCCGACUCCCUCCAGAACACCCACAGCAUGGCACUGCCCCACCUGGAACCCGCCACCAGGUACCAGGCCAGGGUGCGGGUCAAACCCACACCUGGUGGCUACAAUGGCAUCUGGAGUGAGUGGAGCAAGGAGAGCAGCUGGGACACAGAGUGGGUGCUGCCCACGUGGGGGCUGUCACUCAUCCUGGUCUUCGCCACCCUGGCCCUGCUCCCUGCCCUGCGCUUCUGCGGCAUGUAUGGCUACAGGAUGAACCGCAAGUGGGAGGAGAAAAUCCCCAACCCCAGCAAGAGCCAGCUGUUCCAGAAGGGGCCUGCCAGGCUCCAGCCACCAGACAGCAUGACCCUCUUUGCCAGGGGUCCCCCUCACAAGGGCAUGUGGGGCACACUCCCCACGCUGCAGGGGGUAUUCCCUGUCGACUUUGGGCACAGCGAGGUGUCACCCCUCACCACAGAGGAGCCUAAAGAUGCCCGGAACUCACCCCCUCAGCUUGGCUGCAGUCCCUCCUCUCAACCCCCCUCAGACCUGCCCACCCAGUCCCAGCCUGACUCAGGGGCCUCCUCAAACCAGUCGUCUGGCUUCCACUUCAAUGGUCCCUACCUGGGCUCCCCCCCUAGCGGCUCCCUGCCUGACAUCACAGGCCAGCAGGCUCCUCCACAGGCUGGCAGCAGCCCCCAGGCACAGCCCCCAGAAGCUCUGCAGUACCUGUGUCUGCCCCCAGGGGGGCAGGUGCAGCUGGUGCCCCUAGCCCAGGUGAUGGCUCAGGCCCCCAGACCCCAGGACCAGGACAGCAGCCUCUGUCAGGGGGCCAAGGAAAAACCCUUCCCACUGUCAGGAGCUGACCCUGGCCCUCCUGCCCCUGGGUCUGGCCUGGAUGGUCAGGGUCCAGAGGACAGUCCCAGCACAGAGGCCACUAGCUCUGAGGACCCUGAGGACUGUGUGGUGGCCUCUAGCUAUGUCAGCCCUGAAGAUCUGGCCCUGUCCCCACCCUCAGGGGUCUGCUCUGUCCCCACACCCCACCCUCUGAGCCUCCCUUCUGCCCAGAGCCCCAGUCUCUGUCCAGGCCUGGCCAGCAGGUUCCCUGCAGUGCUGGGCCCCAUGAAGCCAGAGUUUGAGGAUUAUGUGGGGCUUCCUCAGCCCUCAGGCCUCUCCCCCAGCUCUCUGGCCAGCCCUGCCCCUCCUGUGGCCAGUAGUCCUCUACUGAAUCCAGGGGAACCCCGAGCAGAGGUGGCUCUGGUCUCCCCACAGCCAGAGGGCCUCCUGGUCCUUCAGCAAGUGGGGGAUUACUGCUUCCUCCCCGGCCUUUCCCAUGGUCCUCUCUCCCCUAAGAGCAAGCCUCCCUUCCCAGGACCAUCUCCCGACCUGGGGGAGCAGGUUAUACAGAACAAGAAUCUCCAGAGCCAAGCUUCAGCCCAGCUCCCCGCCAUCCAGCUCUUCAAAGCCCUGAAGCAGCAGGACUACCUUAGCCUGCCCACUUGGGAUGUCAGCAGGCCAGGAGAGGUGUGCUAAGGUCCCCAGGCCUGGAUGGUCUCGUCUCUCCUCCAGAAGCCCCUGGUGUCUUACAGACAUUUUGGUAAAGGCAAAUGAGGUAACCAUGUUGGACCAGAUGAGCCAAGAAAGUCUGCCUCCAGCAACCCCUGACCUUCCACUGGCCACCUUCCUCCCCUCUCUGCCUCUCCUUUUCCCUCUCCCUCUAACACUCUCUCUCUUCCUCACCUUCUUCCUCUAACUCUCCCUCUCCCUCUAUCUCUAACUUUUCUUCCCCCUUCUUCUCCCUCCCCUUACUCUCAGUCCUCCUCCCUAUCUGUGAGCCCUGCUGGUCUCACCAAGGAAACCAGGCAGCCUCAGGGGACCAGAGGCCCUGCAUCCGGUAUAGGCCACACAGUAGGCAGGCAGGCUCCAACAACCAGGUCACAUGAGCUAGGGAGACACAGGACAGCUGAGGGUAUCUGGAACCCAAGUCCGUUACAGAAACAUUUGGGAGAACUUACCGACGAGACAAUAAAUUAUCAAAAGACACAUGUAAAUGAUCAAAGGACGCACACAAAGGAAACAAGCAAACGAUUAAAGGACAAGCCCUCACCCUAACCCAAACUUCAGGACAACGUCUGGCUAUCCUCUCUUUGGAAAGUGGGGUCCAGGGGCUCCUGGGUGUGGGGCCUCCACUAAAGAUGAUGGCUCUGUUAAGUCUUCAUCUUUCAGAUGUGUAAAACACAGCAUUAAAUUGUUCUCAUUUGUAUUAUCUGUAACUGUCAAGUUUGCACAUUCUCAUGGUGUGUAUGUGUGUGUGUACACACUGGAAUUUUCUUUUGACCCAUGUCCAUUAAGGGUGUUGUUUCUUUGUUUUGCCUGGUACAAAUCUUGUUUUUUAUUAAAUUUUUAAAUGAUUAA